UACUUCUACUGCCUCUGUACUUCUACUGCAGUAGUACGACAGUAGUACUACAUCAGUAUUUCAGGUCUGGAGUACUUUUUAGGAUAAUACUGCAUUUUAUGGGCCACAAACAUGGGACCAAGAAAUACAGAGUGUCCAUCGAAGCUGAAGGCUCCAGCAGAGGGCGCUGUGUCUCGCUGUCGUAGCUGUAGCGACGGCGCCCGGUACAGACCCAGGACCGGACCUGGACUCGGACUGCACAAUCCCAAAUCAGUUCUGAAGAGGCCUGUGAGCACAGAGGAGCUGCAGACACCUGGAGGACCCUACUGUAAGAAGAUCUACACGGUGGUAGGAGACGCUGUGGGCUGGGGCUUCGUGGUCCGAGGAGCCAGACCCUGUUACAUCCAGGCUGUGGAACCAAGUGGACCUGCAGCUGCAGCCGGGAUCAGGGUGUGUCAGUUCGUGGUCUCUGUAAACGGUCAGAAUGUUCUGGACUCUGACUAUCGCUCUGUGAGUCACCUGAUCCUCACCGGACCCAGAACUGUGGUGCUGGAGGUCAUGGAGGAGAACCGGGACUAGACCGGGACCGGGACUAGACCGGACUAGACCGGGACCGGGACUAGACCGGGACCGGGACUGAAUGUUGUAUAAACAUAUUAUUUGAUCAGAGUUGAGGAGCUUGUUGUCCUGCACUCUUUUGUAUAUUUCUACACAUACAUUUAUAUAUUUUCUUCCUGAUCCUGACACUCCUGAACUGAACUGUUCUUUUUUUUUUUGCUCCUGUCAUUAAACUGUUCUGUUCUUAUUUAAAUAUGU